GUGCCUUUGGUUGUGUCAGCAAUAGAAGUCACAAAAAAGUCUUCACACCAUCCAUUCAUAUACCGAUCUGUGCAAUCACAUCCACCCCGGCUACAGGAGACUACCACUGCAGCUUGUGGACAUUGCAAGGCCAGAUAUUUCCCUGCAAAGAUGAGUACAGGAAUGUGUAAAUACCCCAUAGAGGUGGCGGUCUACGAACUGCACAAUUUCUCCAUCUCGUUCUUCUCCUCCCUUCUGGGGGCCGACGUCGUCUCUGUUAAACUGGAUAACAGCGCUUCAGGAGCAAGCGUGGUGGCGAUUGAUAACAAGAUCGAGCAAGCCAUGGACUUGGUGAAGAACCAUCUCAUGUACGCAGUACGAGAAGAGGUGGAGGUUCUAAAGGAGCAGAUUAAAGAGCUAGUGGAGAAAAACUCUCAGUUGGAAAGAGAGAAUUGCCUGCUAAAGAACCUUGCCAGCCCGGAGCAAAUGAAGAAGUUCCAGUCUCGGCUACCUUCUGAUGAAACAACAGGAGUGUCAAACCUAGAGUACCUGCAUCCAUCCCAAACCACGCUCAGCAGGAUCUGCAGUCUA